AUGAUCCUGAUCCGAUUUUUGUACAAGAACCAGAUCUAUGGCGAGAAUUUCACGGAGACGUUCGAGAAGGGGGGAAUGUUAGGGCAUGUUGAUUUGCCUCGUCUGGAUCAGGGGAAGGUUGGAGGCGCGUUCUGGAGUGCCUUCAUGCCGUGUCCGAGCAAUGCUUCUGAUUUCUCAGACGAGGCAUACGCACCUAUCGUCAAAGCAACCCUCCAACAACUCGACCUCCACCACCGCCUCCACGCCCUCUACCCCCACUACUUCACCCCCACCCCCUCCGCCGCCUCCGCCCUCCACGCCUUCGCCUCCAACCGCCUCAUCUCCCCCCUCGCAAUCGAAGGCCUGCACCAGAUCGGCAACUCCCUCAGCACCCUGCGCCUCUAUCACCAGCUGGGCGUGCGCUACGCAACCCUAACCUGGAACUGCCACAACGCGUACGCCGACGCCGCGCUCGUGACCGAUGGCGCCACGAGGAAGACUGUGGUUGCGGAACCGCUGUGGGGUGGAGUUUCGCUGCAGGGGAGGAAGGUGGUGAGGGAGAUGAACCGGUUGGGGAUGUUGGUUGAUUUGGCGCAUGUGAGCGGGGCGACUAUGAGGGAUGUGCUGGGCGGGUCUGCCGAGGAGAAGGCGAAGAAAGACUGGGAAGGAAGCAUCGCGCCGCCGAUCUUCAGCCACAGCUCUGCGUACGCGCUGUGUCCACAUCCGCGUAAUGUGCCGGACGAUGUGCUCCAGCUUGUGAAGGCGCGGAGGAGUCUUGUCAUGGUGAAUUUCAGCCCCGACUUCAUUUCAUGCGUGCCUGGGAACGACACAUCUGGACUCCCGGAUCCGUACCCGGCGAACGCGACGCUUGCGCAGGUGGUCAGGCAUAUCAUGUAUAUCGGCAACUUGAUCGGCUACGAUCACGUGGGCAUCGGGACGGAUUACGAUGGGAUUGAGAGCACGCCAAGGGGGUUGGAGGACGUGUCGAAGUUUCCGGACCUGGUUGCUGAGCUUCUGCGACAGGGGGUUAGCGAUGAGGAUGCGGCGAAGGUGGUGGGGCGAAACCUGUUGAGGGUUUGGAAGGAGGUGGAUGAGGUUGCGGAAAGGUUGCAGCGAGAGAUGGAGCCGGUGGAGGAUGAGCUGGUUGGAGGGUGGGGAUGA